AUCAGGGAAAGGCGGUCGAAACCGAUCCAAGUCGUGCAAGCCGAGUCCAUCAGACCACACGAAGCCACUAGCGGAUGCUAGCCCUUCCGCUUAUCUGAUCGCAUCACAACCCGCCUUCUGCUGGCAUCCAUUCCUCCGUGAAACGAGCGCGUCGCGCAUCGCGAUCGAAUCCCCUGGCAUGGCUCUUCUGCUCGGCCCCGCCGUCCCACACGCGUCCGCGCCCGUACCGUCUCGAUCGCCAGUGCGAGGCGCCCCUUACACGCCACGUGGCACAACUCGCACUGCGCGCUUUUCCAUUCCGCCUUAUUCUCCCCUCCGCAUUAUCUCCCACACUGCCGGCAAAACCCCCCUCUCGUCCGCACACGCGUCUCGCUUUCUGACUUCUCGGGUCAAUAAAGGCCUUCUCGGCCCUGCCUUCGCUCGCCCUGGCGAAGCCUCGCAUGCCUCAGGCCGACUCAGAUACCGCCGCUCUGCUGCCGCUACACGGGUCAACGCGGUCAACGAGGUCAAUGCGGUCAACGCGGUCAACGCCAGUGAGGUGGAGGCGAGAAUUGCUGUCGCUGGCAACACAGGCGCGUUGGACCUAAGCGACUGCGGCCUCUCCGCGAUCCCCGCUGCUGUGUUGCGCCUCUCAUCGCUCACCGACCUCUCCCUGGCGGGCAAUCAGAUCGCCUCCAUCCCUUCAGAGAUCGGCAAUCUGUCCAAGCUCCGGCGGCUGGGCCUGGCGGGCAACCGGCUGCAGCAGCUGCCGCCUGAGAUCGGGCAGCUGACAGAUCUGGAGGGGCUGUGGCUGCACGGGAACCUGCUUCAAGAGCUCCCAAACGAGAUUGGUCGGCUCACAGCCCUGCGGUUUCUGGCUCUCGCUGGUAACCAGUUAACAUGGUUACCAGAGACGGUGGGGAGGCUGAAGGCUCUGCAGGUGCUAUCCGUUGCUGGUAACCAGCUUCAGGAGUUACCACAGACUAUAGGUUCUCUCACCUCCCUCCGGGUCUUGGCUGCCUACGGCAAUCGCCUCACAUCGCUCCCUCCCUCCAUCACCCACCUCACCGCCCUACAGGAGCUCUUCCUUCAGGGCAACCGCAUCUCCUCCCUUCCUCCCCUCGCCCUCUCCUCCCUGCGCCAACUGUCUCUCGCUGACAAUUGCCUGUCAGCCAUCCCACAAGGAACCCUUUCACAGCUGCCCUCCCUGGAUUCUCUCUGGCUUUACGGCAACUCCAUUUCUCACCUGCCGUCAGACUCUGCACAGUGCCCUCGCCUGGCAAACCUCUGGCUCGAGGGCAAUCCUCUCACUCUCUCCCACGCCUUCCUCUCUGACUCCUGUCACCAUAUCAAGACCGUGGGAAUCGACUCUCUCCAGCUUCCACCACUCGAGCAGCCCCUUCCCAGCAACGUCCUCGUCAGUAGAUUGGCCGGGACGGGGGCAGCAAGGCAAGACGGCGGUUAUUUCAAGGUGCAGCCAUGGCAGCGUGUGUCAUCCCCAUCAGAGGCAGAGGCCCACCGCUCAGGGGUGCUCGUUGUCGCAUUCGGCAGCGCUCCAGCGGUGCCCAACUGGGCAGGUUUGCUGCGCAAGGUGAAGGGAGACAUGGCUCUCAGUAAAGCGGUGGGGGGAAUCACCACCCCCUUUGACACUCUCUACGUCGUCGACUCCACUCGCUCCUGGUACACGCAUGCUCCCCUCUCCACCGUCACACCGAAAGCAGCUGAUUCUAACCUCCCCCCGCCUCCUCCGCCUACCCUCUCUCAUGUCGGUGAUUUGCCUCAAGCCCACUUUUCCCAUCCGUCGGUCUCAUCCACUCCAACCUCUUGGCCAAUGGACGAUCCCUCGCUACUUUCACAAUCCCCGUUGUUGAGUAACACAUUAUCGGAUUCAGUACAAUGUGGUGCUGGGACUGGUGAUUGUAGUGAUGGGGGGUACUACCGGAUGGAGAUAGCAGCAGCAGUGGAGGGGUAUGACCGUGUGGUCAUGAUUGGGGACUCCAUGGGUGCCUCUGCUGCCCUUAUGUUCUCGGAGUUUGCAUCAAGUGUCCUCGCGUUCUGUCCACAGGUGGAUCUUAUCUCAGCCAGUAUACGGCCUGGUCGUGACCCCGCAUGGCUCAGGUCCUUCACACAGAACCUCCUCUCCUCCUUGGAAUCAUGCUUUACAACUGAGACAAUAUCAAACUCCAGUUCUUCCCAACUGCCUACACACGUUCAUGUUCACUGUGGGAAUUGGUCUCAUGAUGUUGCACAGGCUCGACUGGUUGAGCAUCUGCCCCAGGUUGAAGUGACUGUUCACCCUGUUGACAGCCACCGCCUUGCGAAGGACCUGGACUCGAAUGGGAGAUUAGUGCCACUGGUCAAAGCAGCAUUGAGAUAAUGCACUAGUACCGGACAUACUCUUCCUCUGCUCCAAUUUCCACCAAAAUGUUGCUCGGCUCAGCAUCAUUGUCAGUUGCCACUUGGGUGGUGCUGUCUUCAGGAAUUGCCAAAAGAGCCAACAUGGACUCUAUAUUCUCCGUGCCUUCAGUUCCUGGAACUGGCAGCCUGGGCUCGAGCAUGCUUGCAGGUGGGAUAUCCAUUUUGCCUGCAUCAACAACCGUUAGCACCUGGGAAGAGCUGCAAUGCCAUUGUGAUGGCUCAACCUCUUCGUGAACAGGGACAAGUAGUCUCCCUGCAAGCCCAUUUUGAAUUUCCUUGGAUGGAGAUGUUGGCAAUUUGGCCCCCCGUGAUGGCUUUAUGUUGAAAGGCAAGACAAGCUUUCUCCUUAAUAGUGGUUCAGAGUCCUGUUGAAGAGGAGCAGUUCCAACAGAAACGGAUUCACUGGCAGCCAGGCUCUUUCCAUUUAUCAGUGGCGUAUUGACUGGAGUAGGGCCACAUGCAGAUGAAGAACCUUGUGUAAUCAAAAGCAUUGAAGAUG